CAAUUCAUAAUUGAUAAAGAUUUAUAGUUAUUAUUGUUCGUUGUUUCUCAGUGUGUGUAAGUGUUUGUCUGAGUACAUGUGACACGUGUAUAUGUUUUCGUUUUCUUUUUCAAAAAAAAGAAAGAUAAAAUUAAGAAAAUUCUACAUAGAAUUUAAUUGAUUGAUUGAUUAAAGAUUAUCGAUCUAUCUAAUCGAUAACAACGACAAAAACAUUUACAAUUUGGACUACAAAUCGAUAUAAUCAUUUGGUUUUUUAAAGAAAAUGGAAUGUUUUUGGAAAUUUGCUUUUGCAAGACAACGAUUAUUAUUAUCAAAAUCGAAAUCAAUUUUUUUCAAUCACAUGGAUAUGAUGAUUAGAGCCAAAACACUAUCAACAAUAACAACAACAUUAGCAGCAGCAGCAGCAAAUGCUGCCCAAAUCAAUAGUAAUGGCAAACGGCAUGUUGCCGGUAUUUGUAGUGGUAUAUUCAGAAUGAAGAUUAGUAACGCCAUCUUGAUGCCAUCAUUGAUGAUAUCAUCAUUUGAUCAUCAUUGGGUGUGUUGUCGUCAUUAUUAUUGUAAUUUUUCUAAUUGGAAAAAUCGAUCAUUACAAAUACGAUCAUUUACUACCGAUCGAAAAAAAUCAACAACAAAAAAAAUGUCGGAUGAACAAUCAAAAGCACAACAAUCAACCGAUGAUGGUAAAGAAACAAUUUUCGGUAUGAUGUUAGCCGGUAAAAUACCGGUAAAAUUUAUCUAUGAAGAUGAUAUGUGUGUUGCCUUCGAUGACAUCAACCCUGUUGCACCGGUACAUUUUUUGGUCAUUCCACGUAAACCAAUAACACAAUUAUCAAAAUCAACUGAUGAUGAUCAAAUGAUUUUAGGACGAAUGAUGUGUGUUGCACGUAAAGUAGCCGAACAAAAAGAAAAGAAUACAAUUGCAACGGAUAUUGUUGUAACCAAAUAUAAGAUGGCAGGUGAAAUGGUUAAUCGUGUAUUGCAACAAGUAUUGGAUAAAUGUGUUGCUGGUGCUAGCAUUAUUGAUAUUUGUGAAUUUGGUGACAAUCAAAUCAAUGAAGAAACAAGUAAAGUUUUUAAAAAAGAAAAAGAAAUUAAAAAAGGUAUUGCCUUUCCUACCUGUAUCUCGGUGAACAAUUGUGUAUGCCAUUUUUCACCAUUGAAAAGUGAUCCAAUUGUUACAUUAAAAGAUGGUGAUCUGGUUAAAGUUGAUCUUGGCGCCCAUAUUGAUGGCUAUAUGGCAUUAGCCGCACAUACAAUUGUAAUUGGUGCUACAAUGGAGAAUAAAAUUAAAGGACGUAAAGCGGAUGCAUUGUUAGCCGCAUAUUAUGGUUCAGAAGUUGCAUUGCGUUUAGUACAACCAGGUAAUGAAAAUACUGCCGUUACUGAUGCUGUACAAAAAGUAUCCGAUACAUUCAAUUGUAAACCAAUAUCUGGUAUGUUGUCACAUCAAUUGAAACAAUAUCAAAUGGAUGGUGGCAAAACAAUCAUACAGAAUCCUACCGAUAUUCAACGUAAAGAACAUGAAAAAUGUGAAUUUGCUGUUCAUGAAGUGUAUGCCAUCGAUGUGCUUAUCACCACUGGUGAUGGAAAGACAAGAGAAAUGGAUUCAAAGACAACGAUUUAUCGUAAGACCGAUGAAAAUUAUCAGCUAAAAAUGAAAGCAUCACGUGUACUAUUUUCGGAUAUUGAUAAAAAAUUUGCCAACAUGCCAUUCACAUUGCGUGCAUUGGAUAAUGAACAAAAAGCACGUAUGGGUGUUGUCGAAUGUGUCAAACAUAAAUUAUUAGAACCAUAUAGUGUUUUAUAUGAUAAAGAUAGUGAAAUAAUCGCUCAGUUUAAAUUUACUGUAUUAUUGAUGCCAUCCGGUUCGCACAAAAUUACUGGUCUAUCAUUUGAUCCAUCCAUUUGUGAAUCUGAACAUUCAAUAGAAGAUGAAUCAUUGAAAACAAUUCUUGCCAAAGGUUUGACGAACAAAACAGCUAAAAAGAAGAAAAACGAAAGUGAUAAAGCUGUUGAAGAAAUGGUAUUCGAUGAGAUUAAAAAACAAUAUCCAAAUGAUAAAUUUAUUGGUGAAGAAUCAGCAAACGAUACUGAUGAAUGGUCGGAUGAUCCAACAUGGAUUAUUGAUCCAAUCGAUGGUACCACUAAUUUUGUACAUAAUUUUCCAUUCUGUUGUAUAUCGAUUGGUUUCACUUAUAAACGUAUACCAUGUUUGGGUGUUAUUUAUCAUCCACAUUUGGAUCAUCUAUACAGUGCUGUUAAAGGUCAUGGUGCUAAAUUAACAAAACCUAAUGGUGAAACUAUUGAUAUACGUGUACGUCCAUGUCCAUCAUUAAGUAAGGCAUUGGUUGUAGCCGAAAUAGGCAGUCAACGUGAUGAAGCUAAACGUGAAUGUGUAUUCAGGAAUUUGGAAUCCAUUGCAUGGGCAAGUCAUGGUAUUCGGUCAUUAGGUUCAGCAGCAUUAAAUAUUUGUGCUGUUGCAUCCGGACAAUUGGAUGCAUUCUUUGAAUUUGGUCCAUAUAUUUGGGAUAUUUGUGCCGGUGUUGUUAUUGCAAUGGAAGCCGGUGGACAUGUUUGUGAUACAACCGGUGGUAAAUUAGAUCUACAAGGUCGACGAUUUAUAUUUGCAAGUAGUGAAAAAUUGGCCAAAGAAAUUGCUGAUAAAUUGGUAGUACAAAUGGAAUUUAAAAAUGGUGAAAAAUAAUUUCUUCAACAAAAAAACAACAUCAAACUAUCAAAUUAUUUUAUUUUAUUAUUAUUAUUAUUUUGUUCAUAAAUCAUAUCGCUAGAAUUGAAUCACUAUCAU